AUCAAAGGAUUCAAUAAUAGAUGACAUGUUAAAGGAUAUUAUUUUUCAAAGCGUGAAGUUAAAAUAUACAUAAACUACCACUAUCUCUGUAUUUGUUUGUUGAUUGAAUAAAGCCAUCAAGCAGUCAAAUCAUCUAUUCAUCAAGAAAGAGCAGAAAUGGAAAGGACAGAAAAUGGAAAAACAGAAACAACCCAAGAAAACCCAAAAGUUGGUUCAAUUUGUGGGUUUGAGUCUCUUCAUCAUCUCCUUCAAGCUUCUCUCCCUCCCCAACUUUUCCAGGAAGUCAGUCGCAUACUUCUUGGGCUAAAUCGUGGAAAGGAAGUGGAGCCUAUUGCUCUUACGCAGCCUGUCAAAGCUCUCUCUUCUGAACAUGAUUUUGAUCUUCAGGCUUUUAGCUUUUCUGCUGAGAGAGAGUCACUAAGAGGACCUCGGAUUGUGAGGGUUGGCCUCAUUCAGAAUUCUGUUGAUCUACCCACAACUGCACCUUUCCUGGACCAAAGGAAGGCCAUCUUUCAAAAGUUAACUCCCAUAAUUGAUGCUGCAGGUUCUUCAGGAGUCAAUGUUCUAUGUUUGCAAGAGGCAUGGACGAUGCCAUUUGCAUUUUGUACUCGUGAGAAAAAAUGGUGUGAAUUUGCUGAGCCAAUUGAUGGAGAAUCAACACAAUUUCUUCAGGAAUUUGCACAAAAAUAUAACAUGGUUAUCGUUAGUCCAAUUCUUGAGAGGGAUGUGAACCAUGGAGAAACCCUGUGGAAUACAGCAGUAAUAAUUGGAAAUAAUGGUAACAUAAUAGGGAAACAUCGGAAGAAUCACAUACCUAGAGUAGGGGACUUCAACGAGAGUACAUAUUAUAUGGAAGGGAACACUGGCCAUCCUGUGUUUGAGACAGCAUAUGGCAAGAUUGCUGUUAAUAUAUGUUUUGGAAGGCACCAUCCUCUGAACUGGUUAGCUUUUGGGUUAAAUGGCGCAGAGAUUGUUUUUAACCCAUCAGCUACUGUUGGUGACCUUAGUGAACCAAUGUGGCCCAUAGAGGCUCGCAACGCAGCAAUAGCAAAUAGUUAUUUUGUUGGUUCAAUUAACCGUGUCGGAACAGAAGUUUUCCCCAACCCCUUCACUUCAGGAGAUGGAAAGCCACAACAUGCAGAUUUCGGGCAUUUCUAUGGUUCCAGUCAUUUUUCUGCACCAGAUGCUUCAUGUACGCCGUCUCUGUCCCGUCACAAGGAUGGAUUGUUGAUAUCGGACAUGGAUCUCAACCUUUGCCGGCAGCUUAAGGACAAGUGGGGAUUUCGAAUGACUGCUCGUUAUGAAGUCUAUGCUGAUCUGCUCGCUCGUUAUGUAAAGCCGGAUUUUGAGCCACAGGUCAUUUCUGAUCCCUUGUUACAUAAGAGUGCUUAAGUUGAUCAUUAAGGAAGAAAAGCAGGUAAAAAUGCUUUCGGACAAUCUGUAAAGUGUAAUUAAGUUUCCAAGUUUAUGGUCAUGAAGUGUACGUUCAAGAACAUAUUUACAAUAAAUUGUGGAAUUUGUACAAAUGCUGAAUUCAUAGCUGUGUUAACAUCAUCAACUUGGAAUAA